AGGGUGACUGUGCCUGCUGCUAACCAGGGACCACGUGGGGUUGCGCGACCGAGGCGCCGGGUGGUAUCCUCACCGCCGGCAUGGGGCCAACUCACAGAACCGGUUGCUCGGGUAGCUGCCCUCCUGGCUGCGACCCUUUGCCCAGCGCCCGCCCAGUUUGGCCGAGUCGCCGCCGGCUCCGGAGACGCUCCGCCGCCCUUGGCCAAUCAGAACGCCGGCCGGGGGUGCAGAGCCGUCUUUGGGCAGGCUGCGGGCGCCACGUGGGACCCCGCCCGCGCUGAGCUGGUGCGACCCAGGAGGACCGGACCCGACCUGAGCCGAGUCACUUGCGGAGACCUCCUCUUCCCUGAGGGAUGUCGAGGAGAAUGCCCAGCGACAGCUCUACCCUGGGGCAAAGACAGAAUUCUUGGGAUUUUUCGUAAAGGUCGCGGAAGGGCGCCUUGACCUUCCUUUUCGUACGUACAUCGAACCGAAUGGUGUUAUCUUUGGAGACCCUCUACCGGGGACCAAGACUCCCCCUCCGAGGCUUUGCGGAGGUGGCAUUUGCCUGAACGUGAAAAUAUUCUCUUUGGAAUGGGAAAUCCUCUUCUUGACAUCACUGCUGUGGUGGAUAAGGAUUUCCUUGAUAAGUAUUCUCUUAAACUGAAUGACCAAAUCUUGGCUGAAGAGAAACACAAGGAACUGUUUGAUGAACUUGUAAAAAAAUUCAAAGUUGAAUAUCAUGCUGGUGGCUCUACCCUGAAUUCAAUUAAAGUGGCCCAGUGGAUGAUUCAGCAGCCACACAAAGCAGCAACAUUUUUUGGAUGCAUCGGGAUAGAUAAAUUUGGGGAGAUCCUGAAGAAAAAAGCUGCCGAAGCCCAUGUGGAUGCUCAUUACUAUGAACAGAAUGAGCAGCCAACAGGAACUUGUGCUGCAUGCAUCACUGGUGGCAACAGAUCCCUUGUAGCUAAUCUUGCUGCUGCCAAUUGUUAUAAAAAGGAAAAACAUCUUGAUAUGGAGAAAAACUGGAUAUUGGUAGACAAAGCAAGAGUUUAUUAUAUAGCAGGUUUUUUUCUCACAGUUUCCCCAGAGUCAGUUUUAAAAGUGGCUCACCAUGCUUCUGAAAACAACAGAAUUUUCACUUUGAAUCUGUCUGCACCAUUUAUUAGUCAGAUCUACAAGGAAUCAUUGAUGAAAGUUAUGCCUUAUGUUGACAUACUCUUUGGAAAUGAGACGGAAGCUGCCACUUUUGCUAGAGAGCAAGGCUUUGAGACUGAAGACAUUAAAGAAAUAGCCAAAAAGACACAGGCUCUUCCAAAGGUGAACUCAGAGAGGCAGCGAAUCGUGAUUUUCACCCAAGGGAGAGAUGACACCAUACUGGCUACAGAAAGUGAAGUCACUGCUUUUGCUGUCUUGGAUCAAGACCAGAAAGAAAUUGUUGAUACCAAUGGAGCUGGAGAUGCAUUUGUUGGAGGUUUUCUGUCUCAGCUGGUCUCUGACAAGCCCCUGACUGAAUGCAUCCGUGCUGGCCACUAUGCCGCGAGUGUCAUAAUUAGGAGGACUGGCUGCACCUUUCCUGAGAAGCCAGACUUCCACUGAUGAAAAAGCAGGAAACCGCAGCCCAGGAGUACAGACACUGCCUUGAUGGCUUCCUGAGAAUUCCCAUAUUAAUAAAGAAGAAAAUUAAAUGCUA